AUGACAGUCACCGCUCCUAAAUGUCAGGAGCGCAUCCGUCCUACCGAAUACUUCAAUCCGGAAAAGUAUUUCGACUUCGAAAAUGAGGACCAAAGAAAAUGGUGGCAGCAGACAGCUCCGCUGCUUGCACGAAUCUUCCAAGCUGCCCAAUACCCCGUGGAGCAUCAGUAUCUCUACAUGACUCUAUACAAAACCGUCAUCGUACCUCUGAUGGGCCCCCAUCCUAACAAAUGGGACUGUUUUAUAACCUACUCCGGAAUACCCAUUGAAUUCAGCACAAAUUAUCAAGAAUAUGGCCCUCCUACAUGUCGAAUUGGAUGGGAACCCGUGAGCCACCUGUCCGGAACGCCAUCAGAUCGCCUGAAUUUGAAGACUGUCAACAAAGCCAUUUCAUUGUUGACCAAAUUGAACCUCAAGUCCUUUGAUCGCCGCCUCUUCGAUCUAUUCAUGAAGAAUUUGGUAUUAAGCUCCGAAGAGGCCAUAGCUGUCAACAUGGAGGAGCUACCCUGGCCCCGGUUGAAAAACCAGGUGUCACUCGGCUUGGACCUGAAGGGCGGAGAGGUGACUGUCAAAUGUUAUGUCUACCCAGCGCUGAAGUCCCAGCUCACGGGGCAGCCAUUCCGAGACCUGCUCAAUGAAGCUGUGGGGCUAGGAUCAGACAACUUGAUGAAUUGUGCAGACGCAUUAAACUCUGUCCACGAGUACCUGGAGGGUGCCGGCCUCUACAACCAGUACUCGUUCAUUGGCUUCGAUUUUGUCGAUCCUUCCAAGUCACGAUUGAAAGUGUAUAAUACGGUCCAGGAGGUGACAUGGCCAAAGCUAGAGGGAAUUUGGACACUAGGAGGAAAGUUCGCCAAGAAUCCCCUGGUCAAGCGUGGCUUGGACGCCGCGCAAGAGUUAUGGCGGCUCAUCACCGAAGAAACGGUAUCUGUCGCUCCUCUAUCCCAUCCAAGGGCCAAGGAAUAUCUAGCUAACAGUACCCAGGAUAAAAUGGGAGUGGGUAUCUACAACUACGAGCUCGUGCCAGGCAACCCCGUCCCGAUGCCGAAAUGGUAUUUUAUCCUGCACGGCCAGAACGACCUGGUGAAUGCGCAGGCCAUUGUCGAUUUCUACAGGCAUCUGGGCUGGAACGAAGUUGCCGAAUUAUUUAUUCCUACUUUCCGGUCGCAUUUCCCGGAUACAGAUGUUAGUAAGACCAGCAACCUCAUCCAAUACGUUUCCCUCGCAUACUCGGAGAAGACUGGGGUAUAUUUCAGUGUUUACUACCACUCCUCCCUGUAG